AUGGGCGCGUUUCGCCCUCGCUUUCUGCUCGCGCUCGUCCUCGUGGCAUCUCUGAACUUCCUCGCGGUUCUCGCGGCGCUCCCUCCGGAUAGCAACUACGACGCGAGCGAGUUUGCCGGUCUCGAGGAAGCAUACGACGCGCGCGCGCUCCUCGAGGCCAACAGCGAGGCUGCAGUUGACUCCGUUGACUGGGUUGAAUCCGAUAACUCGGAGGAUCCGCGAAUUCUGGCGGAUGUGGCGGCGGACUUCAAGCAGCCAUCCGAGUCGGACGGCGCCAGCGGCAGCGCGAAGAAAUCGCAGCUCAACGGGCAGGCGGGGACGAACGCGCGCGCGCCAGUGGACUCCGCGGUUUCACCCAAUGGCAAGUCCAGCGCCGCGGCGCCCAAGAAAGGGAAGCAGGGGACGAAGAGGCACUGCGUGCGGCGUCGGUGGGGCAGGUGCGUCAAGUGGGCAGCGACGAGGAAGCAUCAUAUCAGAACGACCAAGAAGACAUCCGGCGACCUGGAAACUGCUGACAAGGCAUCCGCGAAGCCCAAGGGCGCUGAGAGUGGCGUGCCGGCGGUUGGGAAGAAGGGGGCGGCACCCGUCAGCACCUUUGAGUCGACUCAAAAGAAGGGGGCGGGAGCUGUCAGCACCUUGGGCACCCACAGCAACUCGGGCGCAGCCCCCCAGAAGCGCGCGCUUCUCGGGGCCGAUAGCGAUGACUCCAAUGAGUGGAUUGACUCCGUUGACUCGGAGGACCCGCGGAUUCUCCUCGGGGCUGGCAGCGAUGCCUCACUUGAAUCCGUUGACUCUGUUGACUCCGUUGACUUCGAGGACCCGCGGGUGCUCCGUACGAUGGCGGAUGUAGCAGCGGACUUGAAGUGGUCUUCGGAUGAUUUCAGCGGCGCCGUGAAGAAUUCGCUCGGGCAGGCGGGGAGAAACGUGCGCAACUCGUUCGAUAAGACGUUCCGCACUGGCAAGUUUGCGCCUAAGAAGAAGCAACAGCGCGGGAGGAGACCCGGAAAGAAGCCGAGGAAGGGCAACCCGGGAUCUGGACCCAAGGAGCUUGGCCUUGAUCUGAAGGCCAGCAUGGGAUUGGGCUUUAAGAUUCGUGCCCCUGAGAAGAAGUUAGUGAAGGGCAACCCGGGCUCUGUCCCCAAGCCGCCUGUUCCCGUCGCCGGCAUGCCGGGUGUUCCAACUAAGCUGGAGGGAGCGAAAGUCAACUCCGGCGCAGCCAGCCAGCCACGGGUUUUGACUGAGGAUGGUGAGGAGGUGAAGAAAAGCGUUGACUUUAUUGAAUCUGUCGACUCUAUUGACUCGUUUGACUCCGUUCACUUUGAGAACCCGCGGGUGCUCCGUACGGUGGCGGAUGCAGCAGCGGACUUGAAGCGGUCUUCGGACGAUUUCAGCAGCAGCGUGAAGAACUCUCUCGGGCAGGCGGGAAGGAACGUGCGCAAAUCGAUCCUUAAGAUCCCUGGCAAAUUCGUGGGGGUGAGGCCCGUCCUCAAGCCGGUCACCAAGCCUGGUGUGCGGCCUUUCGGGAAGCCGGUCACCUCAGGCUGGCCUGGUGUGCUGCCUGGCUCGAAGCCGCUCACCAAGCCUGGUGUGCAGCCUUUCACAAAGCCGCUCACCAAGCCUCGUCUUGCAUAA